AUGCUUGCUGCACUCCCAGAUGAGGUUUUAGAAUUGUGCAUCCAAAGUGUUGAUCAGCUCGACUCGGACCUGAAACAUGUCUUCGCCAAUUCCCAAGUCUCAACACCAUCGUACAAAUCCCCUAAUAACAAUCGCAUGCCUACCCCAGUUUCCUUCACUGCUAUUCCUCACCCGGGAUUUGACGAUUCUGUACACGGCCCGCAGGGGUUUGAUCGGGACAAAGACUGCAGCACCCCUACAUCCCUCUUAGUACCUCCGACACCUCCCAUAAGCAAGCACGCGCUCCGAAAUACGUCGAGUGCAACGCCCAUCGCUUCAAAUAGACCUUACGCAGGUGUCCACAAGAAACGCAAGCCAAGCACAUUUAUUCAAAGGCACUGCACCGGAUCCCAAGGCACCUGCAACAAGGCUCACAAGUACUACGCGCACUUUGAGGGCCACUACCGAAAAGAGCAUCUAUCAGAACAUACCUAUUCUAUCGAUGCAACGUCUCUUAUCUACUCCUGCUGCGGCCAGAUGUACGGUGGUGACGGGAACGCUCUCAUCAAACACGUCUGGGACAAGCACAUGCCCGCUGUGCCUUCGACCACACCCACAAUCUUCGCUAUACCUGGUGCUGCAACUAGCUCGUUCCGCGCGUUCAUGUGA